AUGGCCUCCGUGUCCACUCAUGGAAACCAAGAGAAAAGUCCCCACUUGCCACCACUGAGCAAGCAGAGCCUGUUGUUUUGCCCAAAAUCAAAACUGCACAUCCACAGAGGAGAAAUUGCCAAGAUUAUCCGAGAGUGUCAAGAGGAAAGUUUCUGGAAGAGAGCUCUGCCUUUUUCUCUUAUAAGCAUGCUUGUCACCCAGGGACUUGUCCACCAAGGUUAUUUAGCUGCUAAUCCAAGAUUUGGAUCAUUACCUAAAGUUGCACUGGCUGGUCUCCUGGGAUUUGGCCUGGGGAAGGCUUCCUAUAUCAGAGUGUGCCAGAGUAAAUUCCACUCCUUCGAGGAUCAGCUCCGUGGUGCUGGUUUUGGUCCCGAGCAUAACAGGCACUGCCUGCUCACCUGUGAGGAGUGCAAAACCAGGCGUGGAUUAAGCGAGAAGGAAGGGUCACAGCCAACCGCUUCCUAAACCUUGUCUGUGGUUUUCACUGAUUUCUAAACCUCUGGAUUUGUACACCUUUAAACUUUCAAGUGUACUUUAAGAUAAUAUACUUCUAUUGAAACAGAAA